AUGGAAGGGGAGGAUAUUUCGUAUAUCCAAUCCAUCUCCGACUUUGAGGAUGGACUUCCAUUCGAAACACACGGUUUCGCCCACACCGAAGCGGCCGGCCCGUUCGUGAAGCAGGAAUUCUACUCGCUUCCCGGGGGUGCUGACGAAGCGAGCUGGUCCGACGAUGCUGUCAGUCCUCGCGAAGUCGGCAGCAUCCUCCCGUGGGAGGGUAUCAUGUGGCCAUCCUUGCCCGAAUUGGCAAACAUGAACCAGGCUGGCGCGUCGUGCGGCCAGUUAGCCUGCACGCCUGGUCAGAAUGCGAUCUCGAUGGCAUCUCCCGACAUGGCUAUUGGGCAUGGCAUUCCAUCGCUAAGCUGGGAUCCCAUCAUUUCUCCUCCAAGCGAGAUUCAUAACACGGCUGGUUCCACAUCCAUGCCUUUGGGGUCCUCGUUUUAUCUCCCGGACGCGUCCAUGGAGGCGCGGGACUGCCAGUGCGUGCUGUGCAAUGAGGGUUUCGAGGAUGGCCGGCCGGUAGGGGCGACUGUAGAAUCAUAUAUCCUCCCCGAUGCCAUCACCCACACACCAUGUCGCACUGCAUCGAGCGAGCCGCCUGCUUCGGUGGGAUCGGUGGGAGUCCGGGCAUCUCACGCUGACAAGUCCAUGGAAGCGCAAUAUUCAAGCGCCUCUCCCGCGUAUGUGCCGACGGGAGUGCAAUCAUGCGAUGCCUCGCCCGCAGACGGCUCGUCGAGGGUACAGUCCGCGGUGGUGACUCCCAUCAACUUGCCGACGGGAGUGUCAUCAUCAAGGGUCUCUCCCGUCGACGUGUCUGAUGAUUCGGUUCUCAUCCGCGGGUCUCCGGCGGCCCCCAGUGCAUCGCCCUCCUCCUCGAGACCAGGAACAGCGGAUUCCGCAAGCCAUAGUUUGAGCACGGAGGCGGCAGCUGAUGGAGAAGAGCGUACGCAGGCUUCCAGGCGAAGGACGCGGUCCAAUCUACCCGGCGUCCCGGCAGCGACGACGACGAGUUCCCGGCGCAUGUAUGGUCAUCGAGAUCGGCUUCACCUCAUGCGCAACUUGCACGAACGGUCACCGUCUCCGGAUCUCCCGUGGGCUCAGAAGCCGGCGGGCGCACCGUACAAGUACGUGUACGAAAUGGAUCCGGAGAGUCUCGAGUUCUUCGACCGUACGCUUCUCGAGAACCGCGACGAGAGGCUGCCGGUAAAGCUUCCCUUCAAGAUGAUUGCGCACAAGUUGCGACACGUCUUCUGCGGCGCGCCCGAGACGCUCCGCGGCCAUCAUCGACGGCUGAUCAAGACACCCGAGGAGCGUGUCCGAAGACCUGUGUGGCAUCCCGUCGAUAUUGACCUCCUUCGACAAGCGGUCCAAUCGGCCGAAUGCAGAACCUUUAACCAAAGCAACAUCAAAUGGCGUGCUGUGAGCGACUUCAUUGUCAACAACGGCGGCACGUACCGCUUUGGCAACGCUACGUGCAGCCGCAAAUGGAGUGAGCUGUGCGGCGAGGAAUGA